AUGGCGCCGCGCAAGAAGACGGAAGAAAAGGCCUCAGCCAACGAGGCAGCAGACAUGGUGUUACUCUACUUGCGCAAGCAGAACCGUCCAUACUCUGCAAUCGAUGUCUCAGCCAACCUGCACAACAAAGUGACCAAAGCUGCUGCAGCAAAGAUUCUCAAAGAUUUACACGAGCAAAAGUUGAUUGAGGGACGAACAGCAGGAAAACAGAUUGUGUAUCAUGCUUUGCAGGACGCAGCAGACACAUGCACAACGGAACAACUCGCAGCCCUCGACGCCGAAAUAGCCAAUUUGCGCACGCAAACCGCCGCUCUAAAUGCCACGGCCAAGACUCUGCGGUGCACGCUUGCAUCGGUGACGUCGACGCUGAGUACGGCGGAUCUGAUUGCAAACGUGGACUUGCUGGAGAAGGAAAAGGCGGAGAUUGCAGAGAGACUGGAUGGGCUGAGGAAGGGGAAGGCGAGGAUGGUCACAGCAAAGGAGCGGGAAGCUAUUGAGCAAGUGUGGAAGAAGAGCGUGAGGACGGCGAAGAAUCGAGAGAAGAUUGCACGUGAAAUGUGGAAGAUUAUUGCGGAUAACUUGCCGGAUGACGAGGCAAGGGAGGAGCAUAGGGAGAUGUUUGAUCUGGAUGGGUAG